AUGAUUAGAGGAUAUUGCUUGUCACAGAGGCCAGUCUUAUGGCCUCGCAGGGGCUAUGCAAGUAAAUCAAAGGAGCUCCAAAAGUCUUCCCGAAAGAAAAAGAUAAGACGCAAGCAAGAGAUCGAUAAAUUACGCGAAAGAAUCAGAUUAAGCUCUCAUAGAAACGUUCAUAAUCACUCCACGAACUUGGAAGAUGCGUCUAAAUAUAAUCCACUGCCCAAGUACUGCUCACCAAACUCGGAGAUUCCCGGUUUAUGUCAUAACCUAGAUAGAGUAUUAUUUUCGCCAGGCGUGCACUAUAUGCAGGAUCCCAGAACGAGAAAGUACAAUUUCUCCCCUGACUUGAAGGAAAUACCAAGUAUAGACGACUUCAGGUUUGACCUUAUUGCAGGUUUUGUUCCGCCAAACAAAGAUCCUCUGAUGGUGAAAAUUGGAGAGGAGAUCAAUGCGUCAUCAAAUGAAAACCAAAAGAGCAUCAAGUAUUUUUCUUCUACUUCAUCGAUGACGAAUACGUUGAAACAUUUUCACAUGUUACUCAGUAACUACCGUCCAUGUCAUACAAGCAAUUUUUCGAAGGAAUUUUCGUCGACGACAGAAUUCUCAAAAAGUACGCGAUGUGCCGCUUUCACUGUAGUUGCUCCCAAAGGCGGCGGAAUUUUAUCUGUGGAUGCGGAUAGAUCUACGGAUACCGAGAUUGCACUCUCGUUGCUUGGGCAUGAACUCGAGCUUAUGUUGACCGCCGAAACGAAGGAGUUUCAGAAAUUCUUAAAACACUCUGACUCAGAGGAAGCUCCAGCUCCUCUGCCCAAUAAUUAUCAGUACGCCAGAAUCGGCAGUUUCUUAAUGAGAUCGCAAUCUGAUGCCAAAAGUGAUAUGCUACCGGGCACAGGCAUCUUUGAUCUCAAAACUCGUGCCGUUUGUGCAGUGAGACAUGAUAUCAACUAUAAUAACUAUCAUCUCACAAAUUAUGAGAUCGUCAGAAAUACCGGACUUUACGAAAGUUUUGAGCGCGAACUUUUUGAUCUGGUUAGAACAGGUUUAUGGAAAUACAGCAUGCAAGCGCGCAUUGGUAACAUGGAUGGUAUUUUCAUCGCAUACCAUAAUAUGCGAAGAUUCUUCGGCUUCCAAUAUUUGCCUACAACAGAAAUUGACCAUAUAUUCCAUGGGUACGAUGGUCCUCGAAAGUCGAAACAGAAUUAUGAUGAUGUGGUCAACGAUUUUGGUAACCAUUGGCAAACAAAAAGAGAAGCUUUGUCUUCUUUCAUGGCCGACUUUGAAUUCCGUGUUUCCAUGGAAAUGUGGCAAGCCGUUUUAGAUCUUGUUACGAAAGAGACGAACCAUAGGCCAUUCCGCUUGAUCACAAAAUGCGACAGAAAUAUCCUUGGAACCUAUUUAGAUGUUGUUGCUACCGUCGUGGACGAAGACAUGCUCAAAAAUCUCAGUACGCUUGGCGAUGAUAUUGUAACACUUGAUAAGGAGGAUUUGGCCGCCACGCAGAAAGACGAGCUGCCAAUGGAACGUAUCAUUAGACUGGCAGAGUCAAGGUCUCUUCAACACAAGCGAAUGCUAUCGCUAAAUAAGGACAUUCUCGAUUCUACCCUUGGUGACCCAAGCAAAUGUUUGAUGUUCAGAAUCACAGCGACACAUUAUUUCAACGGAAAACUAUUCCGUGGCAAAUAUCCUACGCCCCCUCUUGAUAUUUUGGAUGAACACCAACACAAUACUUGGGAAGUGAGAUAUAACAUCAACCGUAUUUACAAUCGGAGGAAAAUAAGACGCUGCUAUAAUAGAUAUGUUACCGAGGCAGCCUCGAGCUUGCAGGAUCAUCCUGUAAACCGGGAGAACACUGAAAAGGCUUAUAUGGACCAGAAGGCAUCUCCUCUACAACGUCUUCUACGUGCCUAUAGUGCCAAAUCCGAAAAGAGGAAGAAACUUUAUGGGGCUAAUCAAUAG